AUGGCAAUAUUAUUAAAAUAUAAAUUAGAAGAAUAUCAAUAUGGUGCUCAUGUUUUACAAGGACGUCCGCUUUAUACGAUGUCUGACAAAAAAAUUUAUUUUGGUAAAUGGACAACUACAAGAGAAGAAGCAAUUAUAAUUAUCGAAAUGAGCGACAAAAUAGCACAACGUGAGGCAAACUUUUAUCUAGAAGUGAACAAUCAUCAUAACAUUAUUCGCACGUUUGGUUCAAUCAGAAAUUCUUUGAAUUUAACAAUAUUUAUUCAAGAAUAUGCACCACAAGGUGAUCUAGCUGAUUGUUUAAUGGAUAAUCAGCUGAAGAUUACUGUAACCAUGCUUGUGGAAAUGUUUGCACAAGUUGCUAAUGCAAUGAGUUAUAUUACAAGUAAAAAAAUUGUACAUGGUGAUUUAGGUUGUAGAAAUGUACUGGUUUUUCAAUUGAAUUCAUCUGAACCGAAACAAAAUUUAGUUAAAAUAACUGAUUUUGGUCUUGCACGUUGGAUCGAUCAACCACCUGCUCAUGAAAAUGAAUUAGGUAUUCCAAUUCGAUAUUGUGCACCAGAAAUUCUUCGAAAUAAUCGUCAUUCAAAUUAUUCAGAAAAAUCUGAUGUAUAUUCAAUGGGUGUUCUCAUUUGGGAAGCUUUAUCAAAUAGUGAAAUUCCAUAUUCAUCAAUAGCUGAAGAUGAUAAAGUCAAACAAAUGAAAUUAAACAAUAAAAAACUUACAAAGCCAAAUAAUUGGAAUAAUAAGCUUUGUAAUCUUAUGGAUAAUUGUUGGCAUAACAACCCAAAAGAUCGACCUAGUUUUGAACAAAUUACACAAAGAUUAUUGAAUAUGAAAGUUUCUGAGAACAGAGAUUCUCGAAGUUCUGUUUCAUUUCACGAAUCACCAGUACAUUAUGAAUAUGAAUAUGAACUUGACGUUGACGUUAAAAUGCAUGAUUCAUUGAAUGGUCAAUUUGGUAGAACGUAUAAGGCAGAAUGGAUAUCAAGAAAAGAACGACCAAUUGUCUUAGUUGUAAUGAAAGAAGAACCGUCAGAAUAUGAAACAUUAGUUUACACAAACGUUAAUCCUCAUAAUCAUAUUGUUUACACAUUUGGAUUUGUUGGAAACAAUCGUGGAUUAAUUUUGUUAUUGCAGGAAAGAGCAUCUCACGGUAAUCUUCAAGUAUUGUUAAAAAAUGGAGAAUUUGAACCAUCGCAAAUUGUACUCAUUGCAAUCUUUUUGCAAAUUGUAGAAGCCAUGAUUUAUGUCGUUAGCAAAGGUAUUGUACAUGGUAACUUAUGUUGUACCAACAUUCUUGUCUUUCAAAUGAAUCCAUCUAAACCAACAGAAAACUUAAUUAAACUUACUAAUUUUGAUUUGGCACAUAAAAACGACUCAUCAUUUGUUGAUAAUAGACGACUUCCUGUUCCUAUAAGAUAUUGUGCUACAGAAAUUCUUCGAAGUGCAGGUCAAUCAAAUUAUUCUGAACUAUCAGAUGUUUAUUCAAUGGGUGUUUUGAUGUGGGAAGCUUGUUCAAAGGGAAAACUUCCAUAUGAAUCCUUAAAAACUAACAGUGAAGUUCGGCAACUAAAAUUGAAGGGCGAAAAACUACCAAAGCCAUUUAUGUGCGAUAGGCAAGUUUGGUCUAUCAUGGAAGAUUGUUGGCUCAAUGAACCCACAAUACGAUACGAUUUCAAUGAAAUGAAACAGCGGUUUUCCAAUGUUCGUCUCGGUUCAAUAGAAACAUAUGAGUACGAACUAAAUGUCAAUGUCAAACAGGGACGUGCACUUAAUGGCAAUAAUGGCAAGUUUUAUGAAGCAGAUUGGAUUCCAAAGAAAGGUUCACCAAUCAUUCUAAUUGUUAUGGAUGAAGAAACAGCAGAACGAGAAAUUUCAUUUUAUUUGAAAUUUAAUUCUCAUCCUCAUAUUAUUCAUACUUUUGGCUUGGUGAAAAAUGAUCUUCAAUUAACUAUGUUACUACAAGAACGAGCACCUCAUGGUGAUUUGCAAGCAGUAUUACAAAAUGGAAUGUUUCAACCAUCAGAAAAAGUACUAGUGACAAUAUUUUUACAGAUCAUCGACGCAAUGAUUCAUAUUGUUAGUCAAGGAAUUGUACAUGGUGAUUUGCGUUGUAUGAAUGUGCUUGUGUUUCAAAUGAAUUCAUCUGAUUCAACAAGAAAUGUUGUUAAAUUAACUAAUUUUAGUAUGGCUUGUGAAAAGGAUGAAUCAGUUUCAAACAAAAGAGUAUCUGAGAUUCUAAUGCAAUACUAUGCACCAGAAAUUCGUCGAAGUAAAGAUCAAUCGAAAUAUAAUGAAUUAUCUGAUGUUUAUUCAAUGGGUGUGUUGAUGUGGCAAGCUUGCUCUAAAGGAGCCAUUCCCUGUGGGCGUCAUACAAGUGAUGAGGGUAUUCAUCGCCGAAAAUCGAAUGACAAGGUAUUAUCAAAACCAAAGGAAUGUGAUAGUCGACUAUGGAGCAUCAUAGAAGGUUGUCAUUAUAAUGAACCAAGUUUACGAUUCAAUUUUGAACAAUUGAAGAUUCAGCUUUUAAAAAUUGAUUUUAAGUAA